UUGGCACUGUGAGUCUAUGCGGAACUGAAAGGGAAAGUGCGGCGGAAGGAAUAGAGUGUGACACCGCAGACAGCGUGGAGCAGACAGGGAGACCAGCAAGGAGGUAUGAAUGACCGAUGAGAAAUUAUUGCCGUCAUUGGUAAUCUCAGGCGUGUGGAUCCUGCAGUCUGCCUCCAGAUAUCCCUCAUCACAGCACAAUGAGUCUUGCUCUACAUGAGCUCCUGCUCUGUUGCCGACAAUUGGAGACAGACAAGGCCACAGAAAGACGAAAAGAAAUUGAUAAGUUCAAACGUUUGCUCCGGGAUAAGGAAACAAUCCAGCAGUUGGAUCGUAACUCUGAUCAUCGGCAGACCAAGCAGCUUAAUUGGGAUACUGUAUUCAGGUUCUUACAAAAGUAUAUCUACAAAGAGAUUGAAGGCCUUAAGUCUGCUAAAGCAAAUGUCUCCCAAUCAACACAUGCCGCUCGACAGAAGAAAAUGCAGGAUAUUAGCAGCCUUGUUAAAUAUUUCAUUCGCUGCGCAAAUAAAAGAGCCCCACGGUUAAAAUGUACAGAACUUCUUCUCCAUGUGAGCGACACAAUAAAGGACCCCACAACAUGUGCUGCUUAUGGUGCUGACUACAGCAGUAUCCUCUUAAAAGAUAUCCUAACUGUGCGCAAGUACUGGUGUGAGAUUACUGCAAAGCAAUGGGAAGAGUUAUUACACAUUUAUUGCAACCUGUACUUGAAACCAAACAGUGCGAUAAACAGAUUGCCGGUGGCUCGCAUUAUUCACACCCUCACCAGGGGAUGCUGUCUGCAGUUUGAAGGCCUCCAUUCCAAGUUAUUCUCUUUCUUUUCCAAUGUGAUGACCAGAGCUAGAGAGGAGAGGAACCUUCCAGGGUUGGAUCAGAUUCUCGCUGCUCUUAAUGUCUUCCUUUCCACCACAUGUGUAAACUGCCGCAUGCGGGUGUGUAAGUUGGGAGAAGAGAUCUUCCCUACUGUAGUGAAGUUGUGGAGCCCGCACGGACCGAAAGAUACUCUGAAAGAUGAGAUUGUGGAGUUUUUCCGACUAAUGCUUCACAUUCAUCAUCCAAAAGGAGCCAAGACUACAGAAGAAGGUGCUUAUGCAUUCGAAACUGAGCGGUGGCAGAGAAAUGUGUACAAUCUAUACGAUGCUAUGGUGAAUGAGAUUAGUCAGAUUGGCAGCAGAGGAAAAUACUCUUCAGGAUCUCGGAAUAUUGCAGUCAAAGAGAAUUUGGUGGAAUUGAUGGCAGAUAUUUGUCAUCAGCUCUUCACAGAAAACACUCGUAUUUUGGAAAUCACUCAGGCCUCUUUUGCCGUGACUCAGAGGGAUCCAUCUGCAAGUAUGGUGCCAAGCAAGCGUCGAAGGAUCGAAUUGGGCUGGGAAGUGGUCCGCGAAAAACUUCAACCAUCAGAAAAUGAUUUUGAUGUGAUUCCAUGGUUACAGAUUGUAGCUUGUUUAAUCGCACGCCACCCAGACAGCCUUCCGAGUAUGGAGAUGACACCACUACUAACCAUUCUCCACCAGCUCCUGGUCCAGCAGAGGCGAGGCGAGCGUGCAACUUUUGUACUGAGGUCUCUGAAAGAAGUGGCUGUUUGCCAAAUGCAGAAAAAUGAUGUGAUUAUGACCCCAAAGUCCGAUCUUCACAAACUGUGGACUAAAAUUUGGGCUGUGACGAUUCGCAGCAUUAGCUCUCCGCAGACGGAGCCUGAAAGCUUUGCAUUGUUGGGCGUCAUGUUACAAGGGGGGCUUGUAUCUGCAGACAGGGACUUCUGGAAAAUCUUCUCGGGAUCUGCUGGAAAACCCUCCAGCUCUGCAAUGCACUGCUUAAGUGUGGCCCUGGCUCUGACAUCCUGUGCUGUCCCAGAUUACCUCUCCUCCGGCCUGGAGCAACAUGUCCAUGAGAUCAGUGGGGUUAAAAGACAGCUGAAAGAAGAGAUCAUUACGUGGUUACUCUUUGGCAGCCAGGAUGAUGAAAUGGAUGAUGCCAGUGAGCAUGCUCCUUGUAUUAAUAAGUACUUCCACCACCCUGCCUUCCACAGCGUUCUUGUAAGCCUUACAAUGAAGGAUUCCAAUGCUGCUAUGUCAUAUUUUGGGAAUCCAGUGGACUGCUUGCACCAUAAAAGAGGAAAAGACAGCAGAUUCUCAGAGACUGAAGAGCUGUACCUUCUAUCCUCGUUUAAUGAAAUGGUUACAAUUUCAAAUGCUGCUGCUGUGGAGACCAGGGGACAGUCCAGCUCCUCAUGUCUGACUGUGCAUCAUUGUCUUAAACAGAAAUUGGAAUCUGAUCUGCUCUCUUUAUCUGAGCAACUACUCAAUAGUUACUCCUCAGAGACCACUCCUCCAGAUAGUCUAGCCCAGUGUGCCAGCCUUUUGAUUGGUGUAUUGGCUUGUUAUUGUCACGCCGAGGUCAUCAAUGAAGAGCAAGCCUGUAAAUCUACUUUGUUCCAGAAAGCAAAGAUGUUGAUGCAGUAUGCUGGUGAGACCACGGCAUUAUUAAAGGGAAAGCUAAAUGAGGAAGCCAAAAUUACUUCUUUGGGAAUGAUAGUAUCCCAUUGUCUAGGCUGUGUGUGUAAUUGUACAAAGUCUCGUCCAGCUCAUUGUUUUUCAGAUUUAUUCCUUCGUCUUUUUACAUCAAGGAUGUUAAAUGAUUUGUGUGAUAUUUCUAGAAAUUUGAUUGCAAGCAGCAGCAGUACAGUGGAAGCCAUGGAGAUUGAUAUUAUGGAUGGUGACAUAGAAACAAGAAUGGAUACGGAAGACCAAGGUGCUGUAGAUCUUAUUGAUGAUCAUUCUUCUCCUGAAGCUACAGAAAGCGCAGACUUUGGAGAAUUUCAAAAUGUCACUGGCGCAGUGAGCCCUUUGUCAGAGGAUCACCCCAGCAAACAAGAGAUGGUUUUGAUGCAGGCCCUGCAGUUCCUGUGUUUCUGUGCAUCAGCUGCUGUCAAUCGAUCAGUCAAUUUCAGACCUUCUGACAUACGAAGAAAACUCCUCAACCUUAUUGAUACCUCACUGGACACUAGCAAGCCUCUUCAUCUUCGUGUGUACUUACAACUACUAAAUGACCUUCCUGUGAAAGAUGUUCCUCUGCCAAUGGACGACAUUAUCAUGCUGCUAAAGCCUGUCCCUGACGUUUGCUUAUCCUACCGACGAGACCAGGAAGUGUGCGCCGCCAUUUUGAAAAGCCUCCUCCCAGUUGUGCAGUGUCUGGGACAAGACCAGGAUGAAACCGAUGAGAAGUGUGAUGCUGAAGGACAGUUGCUAAGUGUCAUACAGGGCUUCUGGCAUCUGACUAAGGAAGGAAAACACACUGCACUAGUGCGAUUGGCCCUUGUGAACUGUUUGAGAACAUUCAUUGAGGUUGAUCCCCAGGGUAAGUGGGCCAUUCUUAAUGUAGGAGGGGCCGAUAUUUCUGUGCAAGAUGCCUUUUCUCAAUUCCUUGCAGAUGCACAUCAUCAGGUUCGCCUGCUCGCUGCUCAGUCUACAAACAGACUAUUUCAAGACACAAGAUCUCAAGCACUUCCCCUGAAGUUGCAGAAGGCGGCAUUUAAAAAUGUUUACAUGAAAGUGCAAGAAGGCAUGAGUUACUUGUCCCGCAGUAAUCAGGAUCCAGAGGAGCUUCCAGAUGAGAAGUAUAAUAGAAACUCUACAUUGCUGAUGCUGGUGUCAGUGAUUCUUCUGUCCAGUCCUGUAUGUGAGAAGCAGGCGCUAUUUGCCAUUUGUCAAUCAGUGAAAGAGAAUGGCCUUGAUCCUGCACUCAUCAAAAAGGUUUUGGAGAAAGUGUCCUUCACUCUGGGAUAUAGAAGUUUAAAAGACUUCAUGACUUCUCAUUUAGAUUACUUGAUUCUCGAGUGGCUUAGAAUGAAAGGUCCCGGUUACAACUUGUCCACAUUUCCCUACACUUUGUUACAGUAUACAACACUGAAGGAUUUUUAUAGGUCAUGCUACAAAAUGUUGAUUCCACAUCUGGUCAUUCGGAGUGAUUUUGAAGAGGUGAAGUCCAUUGCUCAGUGCAUUGAAGAGGACUGGAAGGUCCUGUUGGCUGCUUGUUUUCCCAGAAUUUUGGUGAAUAUUCUGCCAUACUUUGUUUCUGAUUGCUCUGGAGACUCGGAUAGGAAGAAGAGGGAAGUUGCAAGCAAAGUCUAUGACUUGCUACAAGAUGAGAACUGCCUCGGUAAACAGCAAAUAGACAACCUGUUCCUUCAGAAUAUGCCAGAUAUAGUGGUGGAGCUCCUGAUGUCCCUCCAUGAAUCUCCAAGUGGUACAAGUUCAAGUAACAAUAACCCAGAUGGUCCUCAGUUCUAUGGGGAAUUGGAUCCACCUCCAAACCCCCCUUAUUUCCCCUCCUAUGUCAUAAAAGCCACGUUGGAUUAUAUCAGCAGUUGCCAUAACAGCAAGCUGAAAAGUCUUGUGGCAAUUCUCUCAAAGACUCCGGAUUCCUUUCAAAAGAUUUUGUUGUCUAUAUGCAAGCAAGCCGCAGAGAGCAGCAAUGUCUACAAGAAACACCAGAUCCUUACCAUUUAUCAUCUGUUUGUUAACCUUCUUCUGGCAGAAAUUAAGGAUGGCUUGGGUGGAGCUUGGGCAUUUGUCCUCAGAGAUGUCAUUUUCACCUUGAUACACCAUAUCAACUGCAGAUCCACUGGUCCCAGGGAUGAUGUAUCAGCUCGCAGUUUCAUGCUUUGUCUUGAUCUUUUGCAUCGAGUUUGCCAGGCAGCCAUCACCAACUGCAAGGAUGCCCUAGAUUGCCACCUCCACGUCAUUGUGAGCAGUCUCAUCCCUUUGGCAAACAGCUGUGCCAAAAUACAAGAGCAGGUUUGCGAUUUGCUAACUUUUUUGGUAAUUGAAAGCCAAAAUAAUGAAAACCUCUACCACACUAUUAAACUCCUGGACCCCUUUCCUGAUCACCCUUUAUUUAAGGACCUGCGUCAGGCCCACCAAAAGAUCAAGUACAGCCAAGGACCGUUCUCACUUCUGCAGGAAAUAAACCAUUUUCUCUCUGUGAGUUUAUGUGAAUCACUCCCUUUGACCCGACUGGAAGGAAUGAAUGAUUUAAGGAAACAACUGGAACAGCACAAAGAUGAAAUAAAAGGCCUUGUCUAUGAUUUCCAAGGAAAUCCUCAGGACAGUGUCAUUGCAAAGCUGGUUCUUAGUCUUUUACAGCUAUCAAAGAAUGCCGUGCACCUGGACAAUGGGAAAGAUGUUUUGGAAGCUGCAGGUAGCUGCCUAGGGGAGUUGGGACCUGUUGACUUUUGCACCAUAGCCCUGCAGCCCCAGAAAGAGCUGCUUUAUGGCAGAACUGUUGAUGUGUUUGAAGACAAAGAGCUGCAGUGUGUGCUUGUCAUCCUGAAAUUGAUAAACAACGCCCUGACAGAUCACUGCAUCCAUGUGCGAUCAGCAGCUGCUACAUGUUUAAAAAAUAUCCUGGCCACAAAAACUGGCGCUCAAUUUUGGGAAAUGUACAAAGAGAGUGGCGACCUUAUGAUGGUUUAUCUGCAACCAUUUCGCUCCCCAAAGAAAAAGUUCCUGGAUGUGGAGAAUACCCAUAUUGGAGACACUGCGAUGGAUGCAUUGGAUGACCAGAGUUUAUGGAUCCCACAAAAUGUCAGCCACGAAGACUGGAUAAAGAACUUAACUUGUACCUUGUUGGAGUCUGGGGGAGUUAGAAGUGAAGUCCUUUUGUUACUGAAACCAAUGUGUGAGGUGAAAUCAGACUUUUGUCAGGCUGUGUUGCCGUAUUUUAUACAUAAUAUUCUGCUGCAAGAUUCCGGAAAUCUAUGGAGAAAGCUUCUCUCCAAGUACAUCCAGGGAUUUUUCACCUCUUGCUGUCGUUCUGCACCAGCUUCUAGCAGAUCAGCUACUCCAGCAAGUUCAGACUCGGAAUCUGAAGCUCUGGCUCCUGGAACAGUGGACAUUACCUCCCGAAGAACAAUGCUUAGUGUUGUGGAGUAUUUGAGAAAGCAGAGACGACAGGGUGAGGGAACAGCUUUUGAUGACAAUUUCUGGUUGGAUCUUAAUUACCUUGAGGUGGCUAUGGCAGUACAGUCCUGCUCCGCCCACUUUACAGCUUUGCUGCAUGCUGAAAUCUACACCAACAAGAUCAAGCUGGAUGGCGAGCAAAGAAGGGGGGCUUCCAGUGCUCGCAAGUCUCUAAGGUUUGAAGAAGAGAGUCAGACUCUGACCAUUGCCAGCAUGAGUGAGAAAAGCAAAGAGGAGACUGGAAUCAGUUUGCAGGACCUUUUGAUGGAUAUUUACAGGAGUAUUGGAGAACCAGACAGUUUGUAUGGAUGUGGUGGAGGGAAGAUGCUUCAUCCACUCGCCAGAAUUCGAACAUAUGAGCAUGAAGCCAUGUGGGGAAAAGCCCUUGUAACUUAUGACCUGGAAACCAGUCUUCCCUCUGCUACUCGCCAGGCUGGAAUCAUGCAGGCUUUGCAAAACUUUGGCUUGAAUCACAUGUUGUCCACCUACCUGCGAGGACUUGAGCAUGAGAAUGCGGAUUGGUCUUCUGAGCUCCAGGAGAUUCGUUUCCAGGCAGCCUGGAGGAACAUGCAAUGGGACCAGAGCUCAUCCUACAAAGGUGACGUGGCUGUGCCAGGCUAUCAUGGAUCUCUCUACCAUGCUAUACAGUCUCUAAAGGACAAUGAAUUCUCCGCUUUUCAUGACCAUAUUAAGUAUGCCAGAGUUAAGGAAGUGGAAGAGCUGUGCAAAGGCAGCUUGGAGUCUGUAUACUCUCUGUAUCCCACACUUUGUAGGCUCCAAGCUAUUGGAGAGCUAGAGAACGCGGGGAAGAUGUUCUCCAGAUCAGUUACUGAGCUUCAGUUAAAUGACAUGUACACAAAAUGGGAGCAGCAGUCCCAGAUCCUCAAAGACAGUGACUUUGGCUUCCAGGAGCCAGUCUUGACUCUGCGUUCUGUCAUUCUGGAGACAAUGCUGGAGAAGAAUGGCCCUAAUCAGAAUGCCCUUAAGCCUAUUUUUACAAGGCACUUGGUGCACUUAUCUCAAACUGCUAGAACUGCCUCCAACACACAGCUCCCAGAAAAGGCAAUGUUCAAGGUUAAGCAACAUAACUCGGCACAUUUCAUAGUGUCUGAAUGGCAACUAGAAGAAGCACAAGUGUUUUGGGCUAAAAGGGAGCACAGUCUUGCCCUAGGGAUUCUCAGUCAAAUGGUGGACAAGCUGGUAUUAUACAGUUUAGAGGUUGAGAAUGACCCAAAUCUUCAGCUGAUUUAUGUAGAGUGCCUGAGGUUGAGUGGAAACUGGCUCUCAGAAACAUGUCUGGCAAGUCCUACAGUCAUUAUGCAGAACUACCUGGAAAAGGCUGUGGAAGUGGCAGAGGACUUCAGCAGUGGUAGCAGUGAUGAGCUGCAGGAGGUACGGAUGAAGGCAUUCCUCUCACUAGCUCGUUUUUCAGAUGCCCAAUAUCAAAGAAUUGAUAAUUAUAUGAAGUCAUCAGAGUUUGAAAACAAGCAGACAUUACUUGCAAAGGCCAAACAAGAGGUAGAACUAAUGCGACAGCACAAGGUUCAGACUAACAGGUAUACUGUGAAGGUGCAACGAGAGCUGGAGUUGGAUGAAUCUGAAAUUGCAGCUUUGAAAGAAGAUCGGAUGCGUUUUCUGCGUACAGCUAUAAAGAACUAUAUUAGCUGUCUGGUGUCCGGAGAGGAACACAACAUGUGGAUCUUCCGCCUUUGCUCUCUCUGGCUGGAGAAUUCCCGGGUGCCUGAAGUUAACAACAUCAUGAAGGUGGAGUCGGAAAAGAUUCCUUCCCACAAGUUCCUCCCUCUAAUGUACCAACUGGCUGCUCGCAUGGGGACCAAGAACAUGGGAAGACAGGAGUUUCAUGAAGUGCUCAACAAUCUGAUCAGCAGAACCUCUUUGAAUCACCCAUACCAUACGCUGUUUAUUAUCUUGGCUCUGGCAAACGCCAACAAAGAUGACAUGGUAAUAAAAUCGGACACCAAAAAGAGCCGCCUUACAAAAAAUGUCCCAAAGAAGAUUUCCCAGACUGAUGAGGAUCGAAUGGAAGCUGCACGAAGUAUUGUGAAUACAAUAAAAAAGCACCGAACACACAUGGUGCGUGAUGUGGAGAGGCUCUGUGAUGCAUACAUAAUUCUGGCCAAUGUGGAUGCCAGCCAGUGGAAAGCCCAGCGCAAAGCCAUCCCCAUACCAUCAGAUCAGCCUAUCACAAAACUGAGCAAUUUGCAAGAUGUUGUUAUUCCAACAAUGGAACUGAAGGUCGAUCCCAGUGGGAAGUAUGAGAACUUGGUGACAAUUCAAUCAUUCAAGCCUGAGUUCCGCCUGGCUGGAGGUCUAAAUCUGCCGAAAAUAAUAGACUGUGUGGGCUCAGACGGGAGAGAGAGAAGACAGCUUGUCAAGGGCCGGGAUGAUCUCAGACAAGACGCAGUGAUGCAGCAGGUGUUCCAGAUGUGUAAUGCAUUGUUACAGAAGAACAGUGAGACCAGGAAGAGAAAGCUGACUAUCCGCAGAUACAAGGUAGUGCCUCUGUCUCAGAGAAGUGGGGUACUGGAGUGGUGCUCUGGCACAGUUCCUAUUGGUGAAUACCUAGUGAAUUCUGAUGAUGGUGCUCACAAACGUUACCGGCCAAAGGAUUUCAGCAGUUUACAGUGCCAGAAGAGAAUGAUGGAUGUUCAAAGAGGACGGUUUGAAGAUAAGUACCAAGUUUUCCUGGACAUCUGCGAUCAUUUCCAUCCAGUGUUCCGCUACUUCUGCAUGGAGAAGUUCUUAGAUCCAGCCGUUUGGUUUGAGAAGCGUUUGGCUUAUACACGAAGUGUUGCCACAUCCUCCAUUGUUGGUUACAUUGUAGGACUUGGAGACAGACACGUCCAGAACAUUCUGAUAGAUGAAGAGACAUCAGAACUGGUACACAUUGACCUGGGUGUUGCUUUUGAACAAGGCAAAAUCCUCCCCACCCCAGAGACUGUACCUUUUCGCCUAACGCGCGAUAUUGUGGAUGGGAUGGGUAUUACUGGUGUGGAGGGAGUUUUCAGAAGAUGCUGCGAAAAGACCAUGGAAGUGAUGAGAAGCUCUCAGGAUGCUCUGCUGACCAUUGUUGAGGUGCUGCUUUAUGACCCUCUCUUUGACUGGACUAUGAAUCCUCUGAAAGCUCUUUACCUGCAGCAGGAUGAAGCCGAACUUAAUGCUACACUUGCUGAGGACCCAGAAUGCAACAGAAACACUUGCAGUGAUUCACAGAGCUUCAAUAAAGUGGCGGAACGUGUCCUCCUCCGACUCCAGGAGAAACUGAAGGGAGUAGAAGAGGGGACAGUGCUGAAUGUCGAAGGACAAGUGAAUCUUCUCAUCCAGCAAGCUAUGGAUCCAAAGAACCUGAGCCGACUCUUCCCUGGCUGGAAAGCCUGGGUGUAAUGUGUGCACUGAUCUUCUUCAUACAGAACUCAGGAAAGCCUCAGUGCAAGUUGGUACAGGGAAUUUAUACCUAAAGUGUACCUUAGGUCAAAACAUUUUUGUGUGUGAAUGACCAGAAAUAAAGGGAAAUCUCCCCAUUAAGAAAAAGUGGAAAAUAAA